AUGGAGACAGCGUGGAGUCCAGUUGUACAAGGUUCUACUGACCUUCCCCUGGCCACCUACUCCAUCCGGCUCCUUUCCUUCAGACGUGGGAACCUUUCCACAGGGUCUUGGCAAGACUUUGUGCUGGUGGGGUUCGAGGGAGGUCCGGAGAUCCAGACCCUGCUCUUUGUUGUGUUCCUGGGCCUGUAUAUGGUGACCAUCCUGGGGAACCUGACCAUGAUCAUGGUCAUCACGCUGGACACCCGCCUGCACUCCCCCAUGUACUUCUUUCUGCGUAACCUCUCUUUUCUGGACGUGUGCUACUCAUCUGCCAUUGCUCCCCAAACCCUGGCCAACACCUUCUCCUCUACCAAAAUCAUCACCUUUGCCCGCUGUGCUGCUCAGUUCUUCUUUUUCUCUUUAUUUGUUACCACUGAGGUUCUGCUCCUGGCCGUGAUGGCCUAUGACCGCUUCAUGGCCAUCUGUAGUCCCCUCCGCUACCCCGUGACCAUGUGCCCCACUGUAUGCACCCGUCUGAUGUUUGUCUGCUACUGUGGGGGUGUCUUCAACACCAUCACCCAGACCAGCUUCACGUUCAGCCUCCCGUUCUGCAGCUACCACAUUGACCACUUCUUCUGUGAUGUGCCACCCCUACUCAAAAUUGCCUGUUCCAACACAGCCCUCAAUGAGCUGGUGAUGUUUGGCAUCUGUGGGCUCAUCAUCGUGGGCACCAUGUUUGUGAUCCUUGUCUCCUAUGGCUACAUCAUUGUCACCAUCCUCAGGAUGCGCUCAGGGAUUGGCAGACACAAGCUCUUCUCCACCUGUGGCUCUCACAUGACAGCCGCGUUCCUCUUCUAUGGAACUGCCUUUGUCAUGUAUGCCCAGCCAGGAGCUGUGGAAUCCAUGGAGCAAGCCAAGGUUGUCUCAGUGUUCUACACACUGGUCAUCCCCAUGCUCAACCCCCUCAUCUACAGUCUUCAGAACAAGGAUGUGAAAGAGGCCCUCUGGCGGUUAGGACAGAAGUGCCUGGGAACAUGA